AUGCAGAACCAGACCUUGAAGCACACUCUGGUGUACGAGAGCUUGGCCGCGGAAAAUAUGUGCGAAUGUCGGACCUUCUGCUGGAGUUCCUUAAGGUGUAACUCGGCGACGCUGAAGGAGGGAGUGUCGAGGGUGACCUGCGAUCUGUCGGAGUCUGGUCCUUCGAAUGCCACGGCUGAAGCGAAGACCGGCGUGACCUCGUCUAUUUUCUGGUUGGAACCUUUGAACCUCACGUACCUUGAAGUUCUCCCUCGGGGUAUUUACUGGGUUCCCGCCUUCAAGACCAACUUCACGGCAGCGGCAAGCAUCUGCUCGAGCGUCUUUGGCCACCGACUUAUGGUUGUCAAGAAGGAGAGCGAACGUCAACUCAUGUCCAGGGCGGCUAUGGCAAUCAAAGCACCCAUUCUCCUCCACCUCACGAAGAGCAAGGCCGGUGAACCCGUUUGGGGCGACGGGACAUCCUACACGAACACCGUCAUGGCCUCAACCGUACAACCCGGGACGAUGCACUUAGCUAUGCCGGUUUACAAGUACGUUUUGAGCAGGAAUUAUCCGGCGCUGAUGGAGACAGAUUACGUCACGGAGGAUUUCUUCAUGUGUCAGGGGGACCUUGAUCAAUGAGU